CUUCAUGUCCUUCUUUCAGAUUGGACGUUUAUCGUAGAAUCAAGUAAAUCUGCUUGGUCACCAAUGCAACAACCUGGCUCUGACCAUUUUGAGCUACAAAAUACGGCACAAAAUACGGCACAAAUCCACCAGCCCCAGACAGCAGGACCCAAGCUUAAACUGCCAGAAGAGAUGGAAACCGAUGCUGCGUCAUGGGGAAGCCAGCAAGUUUUGGGACCCCUUGGUAGUAAUACCCGUUGUUCUGGCGCCAUCCCGCUGGCUUGAAGCUGAGCUGAGAGUCCUUGACAUGCUUCGCGCCUUCUUCACUCCCCCUUACCUCGAUUGGUGGUUAGCUUAUACAGACCGACUGAAGCGGAUAGAUCCCAUCGAUGGCCACUGGCUCCUGCAUCAGCUACACCCAUCAAUGAUUCAAGUAAAGCCAAUGAUCGAUGUCGAUGGCCAAUAUCCUCUUCUCGGAGACCACUCACGCUCGGGAAUACGCAAGGUAAACACACGGUUCAUCGGGACCCAUGCUCGCUUGGCCUCGAGCAUGCGAUGGCUAGGGGUCAGGAAGCGAAUCGCGGACAAUGAAACAGUGAUAGCUCAGGCGGAGAUACGCCCUUCAACAUCCAGGCCAAGUUUGAUAUCAGUUAUAUUCCAAAUGUUCCGCACAAUCUUCUGGCGAGCAUGGCUUACAACCCCCCAAUUCAUUCGACUAUCAACUACAAGUUCUUUGGCAGUUAGCCGUCUGCCUUUCGGUCUUUACCUGAAGUUCAUUAACGAAGGGGAAUUCAAUGAAUCAAAUGCAAUCAGGCUUGUUCGCAAUCUCCGCGGCGAGCCCCUCGCUAGAGCAAUAGACAUGCUCUCUGAUAGAGAUUGUCACGAGUUCGUCGACCAAAUGCAAAGCUUCAUUCCCCAAAUCCGAGCAAUCCCCCCAGUCGGUCCUAAAAACCACAUAUAUAAUACUCUGGGCCAAGCAUGUAGCGACCCAAGAAUUCGAGAUGGCAACCUUAUUGGCCCCUUCGACGACGAAGCUUCUUUCAGUCAAUAUCUUCGCCAUCCAGAUGAUCCCGCCCGGAGAUGUCAUCAAGUUGUAUUUACACCUUCGGAUUUAAAUCUGCGGAACAUUCUCGUGAACAAACUCACAAGACUAGAUGAAACAAAGGAAAACAGUGGUUUUCACCCAGAGUACUGGGACUUUACAAAGGCGCAGUUUGAGGGAUUCAGGUGGGAUGAACGCUGGGCUAGGGCUUGGGCUGAAGUUUUCCGUUCCUUUGGGGGUUAUGCAAAGGAGAUUGAACUUGGGAAGAGAAGCUGGACUGAAGGUGAUGGCGCAUUUUGA